UAGAACUGGGUUCAGGGGCAGUUAGUUAUCUAAUAAAGCAGCAACUGAGUUUUAUAUGCAUUGUUAAUUUUGGCAUUUUGGUGUGGAAGGGGCAUUUGUGUUAGAUUUAACUUUUUCUUGUGAAAAUCUAAACAUAUUUAAGCAUGGUUUAGGAAUAAUAAACUUGAGGUACUACAUAUAAUUUGAUUUAGAAGCUUUUUAAUCCUGAAUAAGGAAGGAAUACAUAGAAAGUCAAGGAAAAAUUCUGUGUAAUGGUUGUGAUAUUCAAGAUGAAAACAGUGUGAUCCAGCAGCUUAAAACAAUGACCUCCUCACUAGUUGAGCAUACAUCAGUGUCAUGAAAUGAAGAGAAUGGGAAGAGGUGUCUGUGCAUCUUUGUUUUAGGACUGUAUUGCGUGUUAACUCAAAUACUAGACUAAAAGGUUUGUGUUAUUAUUCCUUUUACAAAGAUGAGGAAACUGAAAUUUUAGAAGUUGGUUACUUGUCUGUGGUUAGAAGAAGUACAUGCAGAAUUGUGAUUUGAGCCCAGAAUGUCUGACUCUAAGACCUAAAUUCUUUCUACCGUAUCAUAUACUUCUUGUUAUCUUUUGUUUGAUUUUUUAUUCCAUUUCCCCCACUUUGAACUGUGUUGAAAGUUUUCUGUUCUAUUUCUUUUUUUCUCUCUGGUUGCCACAGAAAUGUUAAUAUGCAUACUUAACAAAGUCUAAAUGUAAAUGCAAUUUUUAUCCUUAUCCUGAACCUCCUUCUGACAAGAACUAUUUUUUAUCAGAUAUUAUAGUUUUGGGAUUUGAUCUUUCAGCCCCAGAAAUAACACAGUGUUUAGAUAGACCCAUAUGCAUUUAACCUUUUUUUCCUAACCAUUCCUUCAUGUGUGUUGGUUGUAAGAUGAAUUGUUUUUUAAUUUACCCCCUCAGGAACUUUAUGUGAGAGGGUCUUUGCUCAGGCUCUCAUUUUGUGUAGGCCCUCAAGUUUUGCUGCCUCUUACCCUGUUUUCUGUAGCUCCCUCCCCAUCAGGUUCAUUCCACCUGGGCUGUAUAGAUUCCCCAGGGGCACUAACUCACCUCUCUAGACUUGUACUUUUAAAAACAUUGUUUCUGCCCUUGGAACAUUUCUCUUACUUUAUUGUUGGCUCUUCCAUACAUUAAAAAAAUUUUUUUAAGCACUUAAUACAACAUUUUUUAGGUGGUCUCCAGCGAUGGGGCUUCAUUGCCAAAAAUAAAAGUCCAGAUUGUCAUUGUGCUUGAUGGGAGUAUUUUGUAUUGAACCUGUGGAGUGGGGGAAUGGGGAGAGGAUUUUUAAAAAAUGUAUUUUAAAAUAAAUUCCUAGUAACUGAUAAAACUCAUUCAUUUGGAGUCAUAAGAAAUAAACUGUUUGAUGAAGAAGCAAAAGAUGACUUCCAAAAGCACUUUGGAAAACGCCCCUUACUGAAAGUUUAUACUGACUACCCUCUUGAGGAAGAAUAUAAUUUAAGAACAGAUUUUUAAUGUGACAUUAAGUAUUGUCUUCCCUUGCCCUUGUACCUUUUUCUAAGAUAAAGAAGAACCAAGGAUUACUUGCUCUGUACAUGAGGUGCCAUGUUGUGAAGUUUAGGUUGCGGAUGCUCUAUGAAAAUUUAUAACAUUAACGCUGAAAAUACCAUGAAAGUGCCAAAACCUAUUUGUUUUGGAAUUUUACAAAAUUUAUUCUUAGGACUUAGCUUAUUAACCGGUAUCAGGAGUUUCAAAGAGAUAGUAACCUUACUUCAUCAGCUCUCUUUGAAUGGAGUUUUUUUUUUUUUUUUUUGAGACGGAGUUUCGCUCUUGUUACCCAGGCUGGAGUGUAAUGGCGCGAUCUCGGCUCACCGCAACCUCCGCCUCCUGGGUUCAGGCAAUUCUCCUGCCUCAGCCUCCUGAGUAGCUGAGAUUACAGGCACGUGCCACCAUGCCCAGCUAAUUUUUGUAUUUUUAGUAGAGACGGGGUUUCACCAUGUUGACCAGAAUGGUCUCGAUCUCUUGACCUCGUGAUCCACCCGCCUUGGCCUCCCAAAGUGCUGGGAUUACAGGCGUAAGCCAUAGUGCCCAGCCAAGAAAUAGAAAAUAACUUUAGAGCAGUAUUUUCUAUAUUCUUUAUUUUUAAAAUAUGCUCUUAUAUGAAUACCCACAUAGGAUAUAUGUGUUUUGCUUUGCUUACCUGAUAAACACUGUUAAAAAUAAUGUUUUAGUUGAAAAGAUGCUUAACCCACAUUUUUUAAUGGGUUAAGUUUAAUGUUUUGAGGGUUUUUUUUUUAAGCAGGUGUUAUUGAUUUAGUGUUUUUGGAAAUAAUUUUGUUAGCACUGAUAGAAACGAUGAGGAUUUGAAAGGAAACAAUUGUUGCUUUGUGAGUGGUGAUGUUCAGUAAUGACUAAGUACAUUCAUUUGCACAGCCAGUAUAAACUCCAGAUGUUUUCCCUGCCUGUUUCUUAAGUGGGUCAUGUGAUUGGGUGUUUAUCAUUGACUUGAAUAUCUUCAAGUUUUACAAACCACAUAAGUUGACCAUGAAAUCAAGGAGCUCUUUCAAAGAACACUUUGAAAGUAGAUUUUAUUUUUAUUUUUGGGGUCAUUUCAAUGAAAAGAAGAUUGUACAGUUUGUGUCUGGAUUUUGGAACUUUUUCCCCUUCUUUUCCUUCUUUUUAUUUCCUCUUUCUUUCCUCCCUUCUUUCUUCCUUCUGUCCUUCCUUCCACAUUCUUUUUUUGAAACAUCAUGUCACCCAGGCUGGAGUGCAGUGGUGCGAUCUCAGCUCCCUGCAGCCUCCACCUGCCAGGUUCAAGCGACUCUCCUUCCUCAGCCUCCUGAUUAGCUGGGACUAUAGGCAUGUGUCACCAUGCCCAGCUAAUUUUUUGUAUUUUUAGUAGAGACAGGGUUUAGCCAUGUUGGCCAGGCUGGUCUCAAACUCCUGACCUCAAGUGAUUUACCCACCUUGGCCUCCCAAAGUGCUGAAAUUACAGGCAUGAGCCAUAGUGCCUAGCUCCUUCCACCCCAAUGGAGAGAUUUCUAUGGUACUUUUUGGUUAGUCUUCCCAACACAGUCUCUGCCAUUAGCAGUUUGCUUUUAGCUGAGGCUGAUAGGCCAUUCAUUUAUUUUAUAAAAUCAUUUCGUGUGAAUAGUAUUUUGUGGCUGUCUUUCAGAGAUGACAGUGACUUAAGUGUCAGUGAGAUUGUGACUGCUGCAUUUACUUAGAGCUGGUCUCUUUUUGUUUUAGGGAUAAUGGGAAAGGAGCCUAGUCCCCAAAGAAUUGUAUCUAAAUUUGUGAAGAAACUACCUAAAUUGUUAUGGUGGCACAUGUGACUGAUGGAUCUUUUGGAAUUGAAUGCUUGGAAUGUUUUAAAUAUAUGAUUAUUAAAAUUGUUCCUGGGUUCUUUCUUCUGCAGGAUAUGAAUUUCUGAGAGAGCAGACACCAUCUUAUUUCUUUUGAAAUAUAUUUAGUAACUCAAAAGGCUUCAUUUAAAAGGGUCAAGAAAUUGGAGUAUGGCUAUGAGCAAUGGAAACAAUGAUUUUGUGGUUCUGAGCAAUAGCAGCAUCACAACCGGUGCUGCUAACCUGAAUCCCCUCACCCCCUGUGAUGGAGACCAUGCAGCCCAGCAGCUCACACCCAAAGAAGCAACAAGAACAAAAGUGAGUCCAAAUGGAUGCCUGCAACUUAACGGCACAGUUAAAUCAUCCUUACUGCCUUUAGACAACCAAAGAACGCCUCAGAUGUUAUCUCAAUGCUGCCAUCCUUGCCCAUACCAUCACCCUUUGACUAGCCAUAGCAGUCACCAAGAGUGCCAUCCCGAGGCUGGCCCUGCAGCACCCUCUGCUUUGGCCUCGUGUUGCAUGCAGCCACACUCCGAGUAUUCUGCAUCUCUUUGUCCACAUCAUUCACCUGUGUAUCAGACUACAUGCUGUCUUCAGCCCUCUCCAUCCUUCUGCCUGCAUCAUCCGUGGCCUGACCCUUUUCAGCAUCAGCCAGCCAACAUAAGACCAUCCAGACCUUUCAAGUUACCAAAAAGUUAUGCAGCCCUGAUAGCCGACUGGCCGGUGGGGGUCCUGGGCAUGUGCACCAUGUUUAUCGUGGUCUGUGCCUUGGUUGGAAUCUUAGUCCCAGAGCUUCCUGACUUCUCUGAUCCGUUGCUGGGUUUUGAACCAAGAGGAACAGCAAUAGGCCAGAGAUUGGUCACAUGGAAUAAUAUGGUGAAUAAUACCGGAUACAAAGCAACAUUAGCAAAUUAUCCCUUUAAAUAUGCAGAUGAACAAGCCAAAAGCCAUCGGGAUGAUAGAUGGUCAGAUGAUCAUUAUGAGAGAGAGAAAAGAGAAGUUGACUGGAACUUCCACAAAGACAGCUUUUUCUGCGACGUUCCAAGUGACCGAUACUCCAGAGUGGUAUUUACUUCAUCUGGAGGGGAGACAUUAUGGAAUUUACCUGCAAUUAAAUCAAUGUGCAAUGUAGAUAAUUCCAGGAUCAGAUCUCAUCCCCAGUUUGGCGAUCUUUGCCAGAGGACCACUGCUGCCUCCUGCUGCCCCAGCUGGACGCUGGGGAACUACAUCGCCAUUCUGAACAACAGAUCGUCCUGUCAGAAAAUAGUCGAGCGAGACGUUUCUCAUACCUUGAAGCUGCUUCGGACUUGUGCCAAACACUACCAAAAUGGCACUCUGGGACCAGACUGCUGGGACAUGGCAGCCAGAAGAAAGGACCAGCUCAAGUGCACCAGUGUGCCCCGCAAAUGUACCAAGUACAAUGCCGUGUACCAGAUCCUCCAUUACUUGGUGGACAAAGACUUUAUAACCCCAAAGACGGCUGACUAUGCCACGCCAGCUUUAAAAUACAGCAUGCUCUUCUCUCCCACAGAGAAAGGGGAGAGCAUGAUGAACAUUUACCUGGACAACUUUGAAAAGUGGAACUCUUCUGACGGCGUGACUACCAUCACCGGGAUUGAGUUUGGUAUCAAACACAGUUUGUUUCAGGAUUAUCUUCUAAUGGAUACUGUGUAUCCUGCCGUAGCCAUCGUGAUUGUCCUUUUAGUCAUGUGCAUCUACACCAAAUCCAUGUUUGUCACGCUGAUGACAAUGUUUGCAAUAAUCAGUUCUUUGAUUGUUUCUUAUUUUCUCUAUCGUGUAGUAUUUCACUUCGAAUUUUUUCCUUUUAUGAACCUCACUGCCCUCAUUAUUUUGGUUGGAAUUGGAGCGGAUGAUGCUUUUGUCCUGUGUGAUGUUUGGAGCUACACCAAAUUUGAUAAGCCUCACGCGGAAACGUCAGAAACAGUAAGCAUCACCCUGCAGCACGCUGCCCUGUCCAUGUUUGUCACCAGUUUUACCACGGCUGCUGCCUUUUACGCUAACUACGUCAGCAACAUUACAGCAAUCAGAUGCUUUGGGGUGUAUGCGGGGACAGCUAUCCUGGUGAAUUAUGUUUUGAUGGUCACGUGGCUUCCAGCAGUUGUUGUACUGCAUGAACGGUACCUUCUUAAUAUAUUCACGUGCUUCAGAAAGCCCCAGCAGCAACUAUAUGAUGACAAAAGCUGCUGGACGGUGGCUUGCCAGAAGUGCCACCAAGUCCUCUUUGCCAUUUCAGAAGCAUCUCGAAUGUUUUUUGAAAAGGUGUUGCCGUGCAUUGUCAUUAAGUUUCGCUACUUCUGGCUGUUUUGGUUCCUUGCCUUAACUGUAGGUGGGGCCUACAUUGUAUGUAUAAAUCCAAAGAUGAAACUGCCCUCACUGGAGUUAUCCGAGUUCCAAGUGUUCAGGUCAUCUCAUCCUUUUGAGCGUUACGAUGCUGAAUACAAAAAGCUUUUCAUGUUUGAACGUGUUCACCAUGGCGAGGAGCUCCACAUGCCUAUCACAGUAAUCUGGGGCGUGUCCCCCGAAGACAACGGCAAUCCACUCAAUCCCAAGAACAAAGGGAAGCUGACGUUAGAUAGCAGCUUUAACAUCGCCAGCCCCGCUUCCCAGGCCUGGAUUUUGCACUUCUGCCAAAAACUGAGAAACCAAACAUUCUUUUACCAGACUGAUGAACAGGACUUCACCAGCUGCUUCAUUGAGACUUUCAAACAGUGGAUGGAGAACCAGGACUGUGAUGAGCCUGCCCUGUACCCAUGCUGCAGCCACUGGAGCUUCCCCUAUAAGCAAGAGGUUUUUGAACUGUGCAUCAAGAGAGCUAUCAUGGAGCUGGAAAGGAGUACAGGGUACCAUUUGUAUAAGAAAACCCCAGGACCAAGGUUUGAUAUCAAUGAUACUAUCAGGGCAGUGGUGUUAGAGUUCCAGAGUACCUACCUCUUCACACUGGCUUAUGAAAAGAUGCAUCAGUUUUAUAAAGAGGUGGACUCGUGGAUAUCCAAUGAGCUGAGUUCGGCCCCUGAAGGCCUCAGCAAUGGUUGGUUUGUCAGCAAUCUGGAGUUCUAUGACCUCCAGGAUAGCCUCUCCGAUGGCACCCUCAUUGCCAUGGGGCUGUCAGUUGCUGUUGCAUUUAGCGUGAUGCUGCUGACAACUUGGAACAUCAUCAUAAGCCUUUAUGCCAUCAUUUCGAUUGCUGGCACGAUCUUUGUCACUGUCGGUUCUCUUGUCCUGCUGGGUUGGGAGCUAAAUGUGUUGGAAUCUGUCACCAUUUCAGUUGCCGUUGGCUUGUCUGUAGACUUCGCCGUCCAUUAUGGGGUUGCCUACCGCUUGGCUCCAGAUCCCGACCGAGAAGGCAAGGUGAUCUUCUCUCUGAGCCGCAUGGGCUCUGCGAUUGCCAUGGCUGCCCUGACCACCUUCGUGGCUGGGGCCAUGAUGAUGCCCUCCACCGUUCUAGCUUACACCCAGCUAGGCACCUUCAUGAUGCUCAUCAUGUGUAUCAGUUGGGCUUUUGCCACCUUCUUUUUCCAGUGCAUGUGUCGGUGCCUUGGACCACAGGGUACCUGUGGUCAAAUUCCUUUACCUAGAAAACUACAGUGCAGUGCCUUUUCCCAUGCCUUGUCUACAAGUCCUAGUGACAAGGGACAGAGCAAAACACAUACCAUAAAUGCUUAUCAUUUAGAUCCCAGGGCCCCAAAAUCUGAACUGGAGCAUGAGUUUUAUGAAUUAGAACCUCUGGCUUCCCACAGCUCCACUGCCUCUGAGAAGACCACUUACGAAGAAACCCACAUCUGCUCUGAAUUUUUCAACAGCCAAGCAAAGAAUUUCGGGAUGCCUGUGCGCGCAGCUUACAACAGUGAACUCAGCAAAAGCCCCAGAACUGACUCUGGCUCCGCCUUGCUGCAGCCCUCUCUUGAACAGCACACCAUGUGUCACUUCUUCUCUCUGAAUCAGAGAUGUAGCUGCCCAAAUGCCUACAAAUGCUUGAAAUAUGGCCCACACUCUUGCCAGCAGAUGGGAGACUGCUUGUGCCACCAGUGUGCUCCUACCGCUAGCAGCUUUGUCCAGCUCCAGAACGGCGUGGCACCUCUGAAGGUCACACACCAAGCCGCCGAGGGCUUUGUGCACCCGCUCACACACAUCCACCCCUGUCCCUGCCUGCAGGGCAGAGUAAAGCCAGCUGGGAUGCAGAAUUCUCUGCCUACGAAUAUUUUCCUCCACCCAGCGCAGCAAAUUCAGGCCCAAGAAAAAAUUGGCAAGACCAAUGUACCCAGUCUUCAGAGCAUAGAAGAGCGUCUUCCAAAGAUGGCAGCGCCAUCGUCAUUUGUCUGCGGAAGCACUGGAUCAUUACUCAAAACGUGCUGCGACCCCGAGAAUAAACAAAGGGAACACUGUAAAAAUGGAGACGUGGGAAAUAGGGAGAGCGGUGGAGAGACAGAAAACAAGGCAGGGGGGAAAGUGGAGCUGAGCUGGUCGCAGACGGAUGCAAGUGUAAACUCAGAACAUUUAAAUCAGACUGAACCAAAAGUCAUAUUUAAUCAUUUAAUGGGGGAGGCUGGUUGUAGGUCCUGCCCAAACAAUUCACAAAGUUGUGGCAGAAUUGUGAGAAUGAAGUGCAAUUCUGUGGACUGUCAAAUGCCAAACGUUGAAGCCGGCGUGCCUGCUGUAUUAACACACUCAGAACUUCCUGGCGACAGCUUGUUAAUAAAAACACUAUAAUAAAUACAGCAUUCAGUUCAGAA